AUGGCUACAAACAGCUCUUCCGUCGGCGACACCAAGGGCUUCGGCGCCCCUACUGCUGACCCCGUUAUCGGUGUCGCUAAUGCGCCCAGCCAAAGCGAGGAUGCCGCCGUUAGCCAGGGCAUUCACACCCUCGAGGUCAAGUCGGUCCAUUGGUACAGCUACCUCACUACCUACGACUUCUGGAUCGUCCUCGCCCUCGGCCAGGUUCUCGCCCUGUGCAUCACGUCGACCAACACCUUUACCAGCUUCCUCGCCGAGGAGGGCACAAACAUUCCCGCCUUCCAGACCGUCUUCAACUACAUCCUCAUGUUCCUCAUCUACACCCCCAUCUUCUUGUUCAAGGAUGGUCCUCGCGAGUGGGUUCGAGUCGCCUGGACUGAUGGCUGGAAGUACUUCAUCAUGGCGUUCCUCGAUGUCCAGGGCAACUACUUUACCGUCCUGGCCUACCGUUACACCAACGUCCUCUCCGCCCAGCUCAUCAACUUCUGGGCCAUUGUCUGCGUCGUCGUCAUCUCCUUCUUCCUGCUCAAGGUCCGCUACAAGAUCUUCCAGAUCGUGGGUAUUCUCGUCUGCUGCGGUGGCAUGGGUAUCCUGAUUGGCAGCGAUCACAUCACGGGCUCCAACGGCGGAAAGGGUCUUGAUAUGGUCAAGGGUGAUCUCUUUGCCCUGCUCGGUGCCACGCUCUACGGUACUACCAAUGUCUUUGAGGAGUGGCUCGUUUCCAAGGCGCAUCUGUACCAUGUCCUGUCCUUCCUGGGUCUCUUUGGCAUGUGCAUCAACGCUGUCCAGGCUGCCAUCUUUGACCGAAAGUCCUUCGAUAACGCCACCUGGAACGGUGACGUUAUCGGUUGGAUCAUUGGUUUCACGCUGUGCUUGAACCUCUUCUAUGCGCUGGUUCCUGUCAUGCUGCGAAUGGGUAGCGCGGCUUUCCUCAACAUCUCGCUUCUGACGGCCAACUUCUGGGGUGUCAUUAUCGGCACCCGCGUCUUUGGCUACAAGAUUCACUUCCUGUACCCGAUUGCCUUCGUCCUCAUUAUCAUCGGUCAGCUCAUCUACUUUGUGACCGGCAGCAUCCUUAGCGAUUCCAAGAAGCCCUGGCUUGGAGACAACCAGGAGGAUGGUGUCCUGGGCUUUGGAACUGCCAAGCUCAAGGCUCUCAAUGCUGCUCGAAAGGCUCAGAUUGAGGCUGAGUCUGGUGGCAACGAGUCCUGA